AUGGACUGUGUAUCAUCAGAUUCCUCUUCCUCCAUUGUGGAGGUCACCUGCUCAGACUCUGUCAGGCUGGUGAAUGGGACUAGUCUGUGUUCAGGCAGACUGGAGGUGAAGUCUGAGCAGUCGUGGUCCUCAGUGUGUGAAGCUGACUUUGACCAGCAGGAUGCAGAGGUGGUCUGUAGGGAGCUUGGCUGUGGGGCUCCUUCAGUCCUCCAGGGGGCGCUCUAUGGAGAAGUGGAGGCUCCAAUGUGGACCAAAGAGUUCCAGUGUGGAGGCAAUGAGUCUGCUCUCCUGGACUGUAGAAGAUCAGACUCAGCUAGAAGAACCUGCUCACCUGGUAAAGCUGUUGGACUCACCUCUUUUGUAUCAUGCAAGCUGGUGAAUGGGACUAGUCUGUGUUCAGGCAGACUGGAGGUGAAGUCUGAGCAGUCGUGGUCCUCAGUGUGUGAAGCUGACUUUGACCAGCAGGAUGCAGAGGUGGUCUGUAGGGAGCUUGGCUGUGGGGCUCCUUCAGUCCUCCAGGGGGCGCUCUAUGGAGAAGUGGAGGCUCCAAUGUGGACCAAAGAGUUCCAGUGUGGAGGCCAUGAGUCUGCUCUCCUGGACUGUAGAAGAUCAGACUCAGCUAGAAGAACCUGCUCACCUGGUAAAGCUGUUGGACUCACCUGCUCACCAGAGCCUGUCAGGUUGGUGGGAGGAGCCAGUCGCUGUGCAGGUAGACUGGAGGUGAAACAUGGAGAGUGGAGACCAGUGAGUUACUCUGACUGGACCCUGAAGGAAGCAGAUGUAACAUGUAGAAAUUUGGACUGUGGCUCUGCUGUUUCAACAAGAAGCAGAAAUGAAGCCUCAGACAGAUCCGUAUGGAGGAUCAGAUCUGACUGUCUUCAUUCUGGAUCUGCACUGAGGGACUGUGUAUCAUCAUAUUACUCUUCCUCCAUUGUGGAGCUCACCUGCUCAGGUCAGCAGGAGUUAGACGUCAGGACCACAGGACAACACUGAGAUGGAUUAUUAUCAUCCCAGUUCUUCCAGCUGAAGAGGAAAGAGCCCAAGGAGCAGAGUAGGACCUCCAAGGAGCCACACAAGCCCUCUAAAGCAGAACAUCAUGUUUGGUUUCCUCUCUCCUCUCAUUCUCUGUUUUUUUCAUUCCAGUAUGGCGAUGAAUGACGUUCAUAUUGGUUGAUUCUGCAGCUUCUGAUUCACAUCCAGCACUAAAGCUGGAUGAUUGAUGAUUUAUCAGUUUAUAUCUUUCUCCUUCACUGCCUCUUAUAUUCUAUAUACUACUUAUUCAGCUUAAAUGCAUGAUUACUAUUUUCAAAAUAAGAGAUUUUUGAGAUAAAGAAACUGAGAAAAUCAAAAUUGAGUGAAAUCAAAUGUUUUAUCUUUUUUUUGCUGAUGCUUGUGUUUCUGCUGAAUGUUCACUCAGCCCU